GCAGCAGCAGCAGCAGCAGAGACAGCAGGCUGGAGCUGCGCCGGGACGUCGGGAGUCUGCCGGAGUCAACGCAGAACAACCCAUCUUCAUUAACAACCAGGGGAACUGAAGCCACAGAAUGGCAGUGGAUAUCUAUGACACGCAGUACCUUCUCAUCCUGGCCCCCUCCCUGGUCAUCGCCCUCAUGUUCCUCUUCUUCUGGAUCUUCAUGAAGGAAACUUCUUACGAUGAGGUCUUGGCUAGGCAGAAGCGGGACCUCAAGCUGCCAACAACCAAACCAGAGCUCCGUAAGAAGAACAAAAAGAAGAAGACCAAGAAGAAGGACCUUGCAAUUGGAGAUGGAGGAGAAUCGGAAGAAGAUCUGAAAGAUUUCGAUGCGAACGAUGGUGCCAAUAGUUCCAGUGUGGAAGCAGAAGAGGAACCUGUACCAGUGGUCACACCAGAUCCUGCUCCGCCAGCUCCUGACGUGUAUGUGCCAGCUUCAGAAUCACCAGAGGCUCCCACUGGUCUGAGAGAGAGAAAGAAGAAAGAGAAGAAAGCCGCCAAAGCAGCUGCUGCAGCUGCGGCAGCCGCUGUGGCUGCCUCUGUCGCUGCAGCUGCCUCCGCUGCUGCGGCAGCUUCAAUCUCAGAUGAGCCUGAAAUAAACGACCUUAAGCCAGCCAGCCCCAAAACAGAGACACCUCUGGCUGCAAGCAAACAAUUAAGCCCGCCUUCUCCACAACCCGAGGUCCCAGUUCAAGCUGUUCAGGCUCAGACACCUCCCCAAAACUCUGGGAAGAAAAAGAAAAAACAGAAAACGGAGCCUGUCAAUGUCCAGCAGCCAGAGGUGAAAACAGAGCCACCAGCAACAAACAAGAAGGAACCUCCCACUGCAGCUGAAACCAAAGUUUUGGAUGGUUCAAACGCAACUGUCUCUAGUGGAGAAAAAAAGAACUCCACCAGGAAGCAGAAGAACGAACCUGUAGAUGAAACCCACAUUUUGGCAAGUUCAGCAGCUUCUGUCAACCACCAGGCAGUCCAUAAUGAUAGCAUGCCAUCCAAAGGGUCAGGCAAGAAGCAGAAGAACGAGACAGAGAAGACAGAGAUGAAGUUGAAGGAGCUGCUCUCUGGUUUGUCCAGCCUGACUCUGUCAGAAGCAGAAGCUGUCAGUGUGUUGACUCUCCUCCGUGAGAAAAGCCCUAAUGCCUUGGAUGCCUGGCACAAAUCUACAGCAAGACCUGACCCAGCUGCGCAGGAGCGAGAGAAACUUCUUACAACCCUGCAGGAGGAAGGCUCCAUUGCCAAAGACAAAGUUAAACAGCUUAGUCAGGAGCUUCAGGUUGAGAAACAAAAGACUGGGCGGGUGGAGGCUAUGAUGAGAGAGCAACGUGGAGCCAUGGAGAAGGAGCUAGGGAACAUGCAGGUUAAAGCUCAGGGCAGCUACCAGGAGCUCCAGACCAUGCAAAUAAAGUUUCAGCAGGCGAGGGAGCAGCUGGAAAGCCAAAUCACUCGACUGCAACAGGAGAACGGUAUCCUGAGGGAUGCAGUCAGCUCGGCCACCAACCAGAUGGAGAGCAAGAAUUCAGCAGAACUGAACAAACUGCGGUCUGAAUAUGCUGGUCUAAUGAAAGAAUUGGCAGACAACAACAGUAAGCUGCAGCAGGAGGAGCACCAGAGGAAAUCAUUGGAGGUCGGCUACAAGCAAAACGUGUCCCAGCUGGAGGCCCAACUCCAGGAUGCAAAACGACGCUGGGAAGAGCUGCAAACCUUCCUCCACAAUCUAAAUGCUGAAAGAGAGAAGCUUCAAGCUUCUAACCAAGAGCUCCACAGCCAGCUGCUGGGAGUUGAGACCGAAAUGAACAACAAGAACAAGGAAAUCCAGACACUACACAGCAGCCUAACUGAAGCCAUGGUCUCCAAGGAACAGCUGGAACAGAGAGUGAUGGAGCUCAUGGAGAUGUCCCAACACAGUAUGCCCGACGAAUCGCUGCAGGCGCAGGUUCAGGAACUUAUGAAUGAAAACAAAGGUCUUCAGGUUCAGAUCGAAAAAUUUCAGGUCCAGAAUGAGAGUUUGCAGGCCCAGAUCUCUUCACAGGCCACACAUGUAUCCCACAUUGAGGAGCUACAAAAGCUGUUGGCUGAAAAAGAGUUGCAGCGGAAGAGUCUGGCAGAUUCUCUCAAUGCUGAGAGGAGCAGCGGGGCUACUCGAGAAACUAAUAUGCAGGCUUUGCACAAUGACAAUAUGUCACUGAAGACAGAAAUUCAGAAUCUGCAGGCACAGAUUUCUGAUCAGGCUGCAUCUCAGCUGGCUUUGGACCAGUUCCAGAAGAGUGUCCGGGAGAAGGAGGAGAACAUGAAAACUGUAGAAGGACUUUUAGAGAAGGGACUGAUCGAGGUGGCCAACAAGGAGGAGGAGCUCAAGGCUGUUAGAGAAGAUAAUGAAUCACUAAGACAAGAAAUCAACGAUCUUAAGAGAAAGACGGAUGAACAGGCAUCGUCUGAGUUGAUAGUGGAGGAACUCCAGAGCAAAAUCCAAGAGAAGGAUUUAAAGCUGAAGUCCUUAGGAGAGAGUCUUCAGGCAACGCAAGAUGGCAGCUCUGCCAGAGAGAAGAAAGUUGAGGCAUUGGAGCAGGAGGUGGCUUCCCUUCAGGUAGAGUUGGAGCAGCUGACACAGAAGGUGGCUUCAGAAGAGUCGGCCAGUUCUAGUACCCAGUUGGUAGAGCUGCUUGCCCAGUUGGCAGUAAAGGACCAGGAAGUCCACAUGCUGCAGGCUGCGUUGGAGGUGAGGACAAAGGAACUGAGUGAGAAGACUGAGCAGAUUCAGCAACAGUCCCGCACAGCAGAGCCAAGCCCAGAGCUCCUUGCAGCGUUGUCAGAGAAGGAGAGGCAGGUCUGCAGUCUUCAGGUUGAACUGGCUGAGCUGACGGAGACAAUGGAGCUUCACAGGAAAAAGAACAAUGAUCUUCGGGAGAAAAACUGGAGUGCAAUGGAAGCUCUGUCAGCCACCGAGUCCAUGCUUCAAGGGAAACUCAGCAAAGUUGUCAAGGAGAACCAAGCAGCAAUGGCGCUGUCUCAAGCUGAGUGUCGAGAUGUUCUCCACAGACUUCUGCCUCAUGUGCCUCUGCCCGCUGAACAGAACCAUCAGGAGUGGCUGCAAAGAUUCGAGAGAGGAGCAGCUGAAAGUUCAGCUGCACAAACCAGCCAAGCACAAGGACAAUCUGAGGGCCUGGCAGAGAAACUGAAAGAGGCUGAGGAACAUCAGAAGGUCCUCCAAAAAGACUGUGAGACGUACAAGAAGGUUUUGGUGGAGACGGAGGGGAUCCUGCAGCGCCUCCAGAACAGUGUGGAACAGGAGGAGUCUCGCUGGAAGGUGAAGCUGGAUUUGUCACAGGUUGAGCUCAAAGAGAUGAGCCAGAAAGUCGCAAAUUUGGAGCAAGAGAUGGAGAGACUAACUGAUAUGGGAGAGUUGGACAAUCUGAGAAGAGAAAAGCAGCACUUGGAGUCUGAACUGGAAAGGGCGGAGCGUGAGAGCGCCACCUAUGUGACGGAAGUCAGAGAGCUCAAAGAUCUGUUGACUGAAUUGCAGACCAGACUUGAUGGCUCAUAUACAGAAGCCAUCAGGCAGAAUGAGGAGCUGACUUUGCUGAAAACUCAGCUCACUGAGACGCUGUCCAAGUUGGAGACGGAAGAAAAUGAGAGGCGAAGGGUGGCAGGUGACCUGUGCAAGGCCCAAGAGUCUCUUGAUCUGAUCCAGGGUGAGCUCUCAAAACUAACGGACAACCCUGAUGACUUGAUCGAGAAUGGGAGUCUCUCAUCGCAGACGGAGGAGAUGGACAGGAAGGAGAAAAUGACUGCAGGGCUUAAUCAAACGGUUCGAGAAAUGCAGCAGCUUCUCCAAGAUGUCAGCCGGCAACUCACUAAGGGACAGGAUGGAGAGGCUGACAAAGAUUUGCCAAAUGUAUAAGUGAGAGGAGGACAGAGCACCACGCAGCCAUCCUGACUGCACUACAGAGACCACCUUGGUCUCGUCACUCCCACACCACAGUGUCCUGUCACCCAGCCACCCCCUCCCUCCCAGCCUCCAUCAUGUCACCUGUACUUUAGGCAGCCUUCAACUUUACCGGCCAGUGGCCUGAUUUAUCCACUCCGGAGUCACUGUUGGCCACAGGGAGCAGACGGAGGUUACUCUUCUUUUCCAAACACUCCAGGCCCGGUACCAAAACACAAGCUACUCCACUCCAGCCACAUUCCUUUUCUUUUUCAGCAUCAACAGUUAAUCUUUAUUCUAAACUUAAAAAUUACCUCCAGCAUAAUUUAAACUGUGUGGCAACCAUUCCUCUGUUUUAAAACAACUGUAUUUUUCCAAUUAAAUCAUUUUGAAUACUGCAGUAGUUUUUGUUAUUUACCUCAAGAGGGCAGAUACAAUUUUUCCAACUUAACUAAAAAAAAACUUUGGGUUUUCAGUCCUUUUUUCCUUUUUAACUUAAAGGUAUAUGUUGUUUAAAUGCACCAGUUAGGACCUGCUGAAUUACACUAUGUUGUUGAACUGUUGAUUUGCCUCCUGACCAGAGAACUACAUGAAACUGUACAUCGUCAUGCACCCAUUGCUCCACGCAUACCUUGGCUCAGUAUUGGUUAGGAGAAGGGAGAUGGGGAGAUGUCUCAGCAUGUCAGACAGGUCUGUAUGUGACUAACUAUGGAGAUGCAUGGACAAAUUGUAGUCAAGUCUGUACUGCAACUCCACAGGGAAGGGAGUCUGUGACCUUGGCUGUGGAAGGAAAUGGCCAGGUCAAAAGUUUAGAGGUUUUUAAUCCUACCACAACUACUCUAGGAAUAAGCGUCCCAUGUCAUCUGUAAUCGACACUUGCUAUAUUGUUGCUAAGUUCAUUAACACUGAAAAUUUUGUUCUUUUUGUAACGGGUGAUGUUAAUAAAAGGGAUGCUUAAUAAAUCUG